AUGGCAGUCGCAGCACGAUACUUUGAAUUCGACAAAGCUCAAUGCGACAAAUUGCUGAUUACAAAGGACCCUUCCCUGAUUUUCUCAAUUGUCAAAGUGGCACGUGACCAGACCCAACCAGGGUCUCGCGUCGCUCACUCCAGAGACCCUGAGAACGAGGUUGACUGGUUUUCAGCUGUAGUUUCUGUCUCAGGAGCAAGUUACCGCCUGCCAAAAUCCAGCCAGCAGUCACCUCUUUCUCAGCCAGCGAAUUUUGCUGGUAGCUGCCGCUUAGAGAUAUGUUCAUUCUUGCAGGAAACAAGGUUCAGACAGCGUUAUUUAGACCUCAUUCUCAAUGACAAAGUACGGCAGAAAUUUAUUGUCCGGGCAAAGAUCAUCAACUAUGUCAGAAAGUUCCUUGAUAGUUUAGGAUUCUUAGAAGUAGAAACCCCUCUGAUGAACAUGAUCCCAGGUGGAGCAACAGCCAAACCUUUCAUCACUCACCAUAAUGACCUGAAUAUGGAUCUCUACAUGAGAGUAGCACCUGAGCUUUACCACAAGAUGCUUGUAGUGGGAGGCAUUGAUAGAGUGUAUGAAAUUGGAAGACAGUUUAGAAAUGAAGGUAUUGAUAUGACGCAUAAUCCAGAAUUCACCACCUGUGAGUUUUACAUGGCCUAUGCAGAUUACAAUGAUCUCAUGGAGUUAACAGAAGUCAUGUUAUCUGGUUUGGUCAAGUCAUUAACAGGUGGCUAUGUGGUGACAUAUCAUCCAAAUGCAACUGACCCUGAAAACAUGGGUGAACCUCUGACAGUAGACUUCACUCCACCCUUCAGAAGAGUGCGCAUGAUUCCUGAUCUUGAAAAGGUGCUGAAUGUGAAGUUACCACCACCAUCUGAUUUUGGGACCCCAGAAACACGACAAUUUUUUGAUGACUUGUGUGUCAAGCAUAAUGUUGACUGCAGUCCUCCAAGAACAACAACAAGACUCCUAGACAAGCUUGUUGGAGAAUUCCUUGAGGAGACAUUUGCCAGCCCAACAUUCCUCAUUGAUCAUCCUCAAAUAAUGAGUCCACUUUCAAAGUGGCAUCGAUCUGUUCCUGGUCUUUCUGAAAGAUUUGAGCUCUUCAUUUGUCACAAAGAAGUGUGCAAUGCAUACACUGAAUUAAAUGACCCUGUCAUUCAGAGAGAGAUGUUUCAGCUUCAAAGCAAGGACAAAGCUGCAGGCGAUGACGAGGCAAUGUUUGUCGAUGAAAACUUCUGUACAGCUCUUGAAUAUGGUCUGCCACCCACAGCCGGGUGGGGCCUGGGGAUAGACAGACUGACCAUGUUCCUGACAGACUCGAACAAUAUCAAGGAGGUGCUUUUCUUCCCAGCCAUGAAGCCAGAUGACGGGGGACCAGCUGAACAAAACGAGACAGAAGUGAAUCCAGGAGAAAAAGAGAAGAAGUAAAAAUACACUUGGCCUCGCCAAUUUACUCACAGAUUGAAAAGGAAUGACAAAAAAAUAUAUUAAUAAUAAUCCAUUAGAUAAUGGUCAUUAAUUCAUUAAAGAUGACCGACGGUCAAGUGGAAGAGCAAAAGCACAAACAAAUGCACCAAGCAGAAGAUUCAGGACAAUGCAAUGUACUUCUCUUUUUAGAAAGGAACAUUCAAUUAAAUCUGUGUCAUACCAUGUGUGACGAACAGUCCGGACAGCACUGUAAAGUUCUCUCUGACUUUUCAAAGGAAUUUCGAAAUCUUACAGAAAUUCAUAAUUGUUUUCGUUUAUUCUAGAGAACGAUAAAAAAUCUCACGUCAAUCUGACGUUUUCUCUGACGUGUGAUGAGGCGUUUUUUUUUUUUUUUCUUUUUUACCUCCUCUUCAUCCCUGCCGAGAAAAAAAAAAAACGAUCGCCUGAUCGCAAGUUACGUUUUGCGUAGAAAGUAGUGCGGUAAUCUGUUCGUUGAACAGUAAGCUGGGUUUGUAGUGUAUGAAUCGUGUAGCUAUACUAUCCUAACGUGUAGCAAAAUUAGUUAUUUUAAUCGAGUUAUUUAAUAACCUGCUGUGGCCGCGUAUCUCGCACAAUAAUAAUUAUUCCCUUGUCCUUAUUUUUACUCAUUGUGCUUCCAGCUUCAGUGGGGAAUAAUGAUUGAAAUAAAGUCAACUAGCCCAGCUUGUGGACUUGCACCUUUUUUAA